CAAUUUACGGAUCACGCACAGCUGCCCGCCUGCCCCUCGCUCCUCUCUGCUUUGGGUUUUUUUUUUUCAUUGGGGGUCUGCUCAAUCUACCGAUCUCGGUUACGUUCAGUUUCCGGUGAGCCUUCUCAAGAUUUUACGCUUGCAGAGUUAGAAAAAACAGGAAGAGGCAGAUAAUCGGGAGAAAUUUUGAGAGAGAUGGAGAUCCAACAUUUUAGCCACGAAGAGCACCCCUUGAUGUUGGUGGAAGAGUUAGAAAAUGAAGUUGUUUGCUCCGGGUGCGAUAAAUCAGUAUCAUGUGGUCCUGCCUACAAAUGCUCUCCCUGCAAAUUCUUCCUCCACAAGUCAUGCGCCGAGUUACCCCGUGAGAUACAACACCACCCUUUGCAUCCAAACCACACCCUCCUUCUCAAAGCGCCAUCAAAGAAUUUUAGAUUUUGUGAUGCCUGCCUUAAGUUUUGCGAAAGAUUCUUCGCCUACGACUGCAAUAGUUGCAAUUUCGUCCUCGAUAUCGAAUGUGCUUCCAUUUGGCCAACUAAACUUGACGCCUGUCACCAACAUGAAUUCGUUCCCAUCUUUCAGCAAAUUCAGUUCACUUGUAAACUCUGUGGUGAGGAUUGCAGCACCGCCGCCCAGCCGGCCCAUGUAUGUCUCAUUUGUCGACACUUGGCUCACACUCUAUGUGCUGUGAAGCCACGUACCAUCCAAAUUUCGGCAGAUCGCCACUUGCUCACUCUCAUCUAUUCACUCGGUCAAGUGAUUAUGAAGGAGCACGACGAUGUAUUCUGUAAGCUUUGCUAUAAAAAGGUCAACCUCAAGUAUGCUGGUUAUUAUUGUCAACAAUGUGAUUUCGUAUCCCACUUGGAAUGCGUAGGCAAAAAUCUUUCUUUUCCAAGUAAGACCUUAGACUCGAGCAUAGAUCUCAUUGAGGAUAUCGACUUUGAAGAGGUUGAAGAAUGUGAUGAGCUCCACCAUUUCAAUCAUGAAUGCAUCUUAAUCAUUAGCCGCAACGAAGUUGAGGUUCAUGAUCAUAAGCUCUGUGAAGGUUGUGUGCAAUCAAUUUCUGUCCCAUUUUAUAGUUGUGAGCAAUGCAAUUACUUUCUCCACAGCACAUGCGCUCGACUACCCUUAAAGAAGCUACACCCAAGUCAUCCACAUCCGCUUACCCUCUCCGCAAGGGGAAACUGCAUUGAUGGCAUCGUAUAUUGUAAUUAUUGUGGUGGUUAUAGCCAUGGCUUCACUUAUACAUGUCACGGAUGUAACUACAGUUUUGACAUUCAAUGUUGUUCGAUUCCAAAAUCCUUUAAGCAUGAAGUUCACCAACACUCCCUCAAUCAUGCUAUCAGUUCUGUCGAAAACUGCAAUGCUUGUGAUGGGUGGAAUAAGUGCAGAAAUUGUAAUAGGCCCCACGACGGUGUAUUUGUAUGCACUAAAUGCAAUUUUGCCUUGGGUUUUGAAUGUGCAACACUCCCUCUCAAAGCUAAGUAUGACUAUCACCCGCAUCCCCUCUCCCUCACUCACGGUAUUACUGCAGAAAUUGAUGAUUCUGAAAAAUAUUAUUGUCUAAUUUGCGAAGAAGAAAGAAAUGCAAAUCAUUGGUUCUACUGCUGCAUACAAUGUAACUUUGCUGCUCAUACUCGGUGCGUAGUUGGGCGGAAUCCUUACAUCAAGUAUGGAAGAAGUUUUAUUUUAAAUGAUCAUCAACACCCUCUCACUUUUGAAUGGAAAACUAAGGUCUCUCUUUCAUGUGAUGCCUGCGGUGAAGCUUUUGAUGGAGACGUGGCCCUAACCUGUAAGCAAUGCAAAUUCAGCGUUCAUUGGGGCAUUAAUUGUAGAAAGAAAUUAAGUGAUAAAAUCAUUAUCUCUUAGUGCUGGUUAGAGACGUUUUUUUUUUUUUGGUAGUUAGCUGCACUAGCUAGCUUACAUUUGUAUUUGUGUUUGUGUUAAUUAGAGAGUACCUGGUCAUAGUCGUGUAAUUUAUUUCAUUAGGUACCAUUUAUUGGAUUAAACUU